AUGUCUCUUUCCUUUGUUGUAGCGUUCGUUUGGCAAGAGAUCAAGAAACUCUGGACCUGGGGAAUACGAGUCUAUAUCACUGAUAUGUGGCACCUUCUGGAGUUCACCACAAAUUCGCUCUACAUAUCAACAAUCGCAAUGAGAUUUGUGGCCUGGUUUCGCGUGAACUUCUACAAGGAGCCAGCGUUUCUAAAUAGAAGCAUUUGGGAUCCCUUUGAUCCGAUUCUGAUUUCCGAAUGCCUUUUCGCAGCUGCAAACAUCUUCUCAACUCUCAAAUUGGUCUACAUUUUCACGGUCAGCCCUCAGCUGGGACCAAUACAGAUUUCCCUCGGUCGCAUGUUGAAUGAUAUCAUGAAGUUUUUCUGCGUCUAUGUUCUCGUCUUGGUGGCGUUUGCGUUCGGUUUGAAUCAGCUUUACUGGUUUUACGCACAACAGCGCUCAAAACGUUGCGAUGACGUCAUGUUUACUUUGGGUGAAGGCAAAGAUCUCUAUGACUAUUGUUCUACACGAGGAUCCUACUUCACAAAGUAA